AUGCCCACAUGUGGUAGCUUCAUUGUGGUAUUUACUGCUUCACGCGUGUGUGUUAGGUUAUGUACGGUAAUCUCCCCCGCCCCAUCUGUUCAGCACCGGGGAGGGGGGGUCCCGGUAUUUUUUGUUGCCCGGUCCUCGGUGCAUAGUACACAGGAUUGUAUGACUGGGCCUCGGUGAGCGCCUACUCUGGCGCGGAUGGUGGGGCCUGCGGAUCGGUCCAUUAUAGUGGAGGGAAGGGGGAGGCGGAUGACGAGCGGCUGAAGUGGAGGGAAGAGACGGCGGGGAGCAGGCACUACGGCCAGAAAGAAUAACUGCAGUUAAGUUUCUCUUUGUUGGAAAAGCCCUGCUUGCCACUUUGCCUUCCCGACAUCACAAAUGCGACCAUGGGAGCUGGCAGUGAAUAGGUGGCCUCCUUCAGCCCCCAUAAACCAGCGGAGGUUCUUUGGACCCUGCAGCACCCCAGCACACCUCAGGCGAAGGUAGGAGCUGCGGGGGCUCUGGAAAAGUCCUCCAACGAGGCGUCAGUGGGGCAGGAGGGACAGACCUCAACAGGGCAUCCUCAUUCAGGAUGAGAAUUCUUUCCGGGCUACUUUCUUUCCUGUAGAUGAACACAGAGUUUUUGCCCUCACCAGCACUCCACCACGAAUGCUCCACCCCACUGCACACUCCACCCAGCAAACCCCAUUCAUGGUUGACCUUCAUGAGCAGGUACACCAGGGACCUGUCCCUCUGUCAUAUACGGUUACAACAGUAACCCAAGGCUUUCCUUUACACACCGGGCAGCACAUCCCAGGGUGCAGCACCCAGCAGUUGCCAGCAUGUUCUGUCAUGUUCAGUGGCCAACACUACCCCCUCUGCUGCCUUCCUCCUCCGCUCAUCCCUGGGUGCACCAUGCAGCAACUUCCUGUCUCGUACCAGCCAUUUCCUCCUCUUCUCUCCAGCGAUCAUUACAUCUUGCAUCCUCAUCCACCGCUGCCACCACACCAGCCACCUCAUAUGGCCUCUCUUACUCCAUUUGUUACAGUACAACCACAGAGAAUGCCACUGCAAAGGAUAGACAAUGAGUUGGAUCUUCGAGGUGACCAACAUCACAUGGGCAACUUCCCAUUCCACCACUCUCACCCUGUGCCUACAUUGCCCCAUUCAGUGCCCAUGCAUUACCUCUCCCAUGAUGCACUGCACCAGGAGCUGUCCUUUCCAGUGCCAUACGCACAUCUGAUGCCACGGCGAUUAAAUACCCAACGGUAUCGUCUGCAGCAACCACUGCCGCCUCCUGCACUGCCUCCUUCAUAUUACCCUAGUUUUCUGCCCUACUUCCUCUCCAUGCUUCCUGUAUCCCCCACCUCUGUGGGCCCAGCAAUCAGCUUGGAUUUGGAUGUGGAUGAUGUUGAAAUGGAGAACUAUGAGGCACUGCUUAACUUAGCUGAACGUUUAGGAGAAGCAAAGCCGCGUGGACUCACCAAAGCCAACAUAGAGCAGCUUCCAUCUUACCGCUUCAACCUUGAGAGCCACCAGUCUGAGCAAACCCUGUGUGUGGUGUGUUUUAGUGACUUUGAAAGUCGGCAGCUCCUCAGAGUGUUACCUUGUAACCAUGAGUUCCAUGCAAAAUGUGUUGAUAAGUGGCUCAAGUCCAACCGCACAUGUCCCAUCUGCCGGGCUGAUGCUUCUGAGGUUCACAGAGAUGGGGAGUGAGGACAGGAAUUUUCCCUCUUGCCUCCUGCCGGUGCACAACCCCAGAGGGAUCAACACAAAAUAAACCAGCCUCCUUGCCUGACUCGGAUGCUUCAGCUUCCCCCUCCACCUGCACUUGUCCUUAUGGCUAGGACACAGCGGCUUUGAAUCUGGAGGUGGUGUUAAAGAGUCACACAUUCCACUGUCUCCAUCCUAGUACCUCUACACCCCAAUACUUCCCAACAGUGCUCCUUCAUUGUGUAUUGCCGUUGUGGGCAUUGGGAGGGAUUUGAGGUGUGUGUGAGAUGAAUUGGGUUGCAAAUGAGAGAAACUUUCUCUCUUUCCCCUGAGAGUAGCUGAGGCUAACAGGAAAAGACUGGGUCAUUGUGGCCAGUGCUAUCCCCCAAAGGGGAAUUAGAGGCAUUACCAGGGGCUCCCUGUUUGCAAAAUUUCCUUCUGUCAGUCCCUUAGAGGGGAAUGUCACAGCUGCUUAUUUAAAUAUGUUUGCACUGAUGCCCUAGCGGGCAGUUUUCUUUUCUUUUAAUGCAUUGGACCAGAUUUAUGUUUCCUUCCUUCCAUUUGCUGCCAUCAGACCUAUCUCUGGUUGAAGAAUAAUAUGUUUUAGGCGUUACUGUCUGUGCUUUGUAUUACUCUUUAAUCUUGCCUCCAACCUUCCUCCACCUUCUCUGUGUCCAGCCAUCCAUUUCAGUCUGCCUGAAAGCAGCGUGCUGUGAAAUGUGCCGGAGGGCAGAGCCGUGAUGAGGUCUUUAGCAUCAGAUGUGAUUUUAUUCUCUUGACCCAGUGAAAAAUCAUAGCUUUUGCUCCCUGGAGGAAUACAGGAGACAUUUGUGUCUGCCACCACUCUGAUGGCCACAUGCCAUCUCGCAUGACUUUUAAGCUUCAUUUGCUGGAGUCUGUUUUAUUUCUAGAUUUUUCUUUUCUUCUUAGGCUGGCAACCUGUUGAGCAUAUGUGUUGCGUGGACCAGUCCGGAGGUGCAGGGGCCCUUUGCCUGUGUUCUCGCCCCUGUUUCGUCUGGUAGCAGAAGCCCUGGUAAUGCCUCCUCAGUGUAUUUUGUCAGGCAGCAGGUCACACAAUUGCAGGCUGGUGUGUGAUUACAGGGUUCACUCUGUUGCACGCCAAGCUGUUUUUUUUAGUGAGCGUGUUGCACUUGGCACCCGCAUUUCCCCCACCCCGAUCUCUGUGUUGACAGUGACGCAAGAGGCGCAUGGGCGAGCGGCUGCCUAAUUUACUGAUUUGUAUCUGUUUUAGUUCAAGUUUGCAUGAUAGAACAGCAAUGAAUACAACACAAGAGCCAGCCAACCAUUUCUGAUCUGUGUGCGCAUUCUAACGGUCAGGCAGAAAGAGUCUGUCUUAAUGUUUCACAAUAUGCAUGUCUGAGCAGCUUGGAAUAUGGUAUCUGCUAACCCUUGGCCGUCUGUGGAGUGACGUGAAGGGGGGUGGGGGGUACUGGGACAAGCAUUAUAGGGGCAUGUAUCAUGCUGAGCUGAUUCCUGCUGUGCACUUGUUCGCAAGCAGAAGGCACCUGAACUGUUUGUUGGGAUUUGAAUGUCUCAUUGCCUAUAAAGGUCACACUCGGGCAGGGAUUAUUGUGUGCGAUGGGGUGUUCCUAGACCAAAAGUAAAUUAGUUCUUCAUACCGGCCCUCUAGUAUAUUACAGCGUAAUACCGCGUGGAAAUAUAAUAAUCCGAUGUUAAUGGCUAAUAUUACAUACAGCGUUUAAUGUAAUCCACCUCACGUCUAUAGAGAAACUCAUGCAAAUCGCCACUGCUGUAACCUGUAGUACAUUGGGGUUGUAAUUCUAGGCUGUCGAGUCAAUAACCUUUAAUACAGUGUUCUGUUAUGUCUGUGGUGGUGGCUUUGCAGUCCUCUUUUAUUUUGGGGCUAGUAACCAGUGUUCUUGUAUUUUUGUUUAGACCCUUCACAAGUACUUCAGUAGUACUACAAUAACUUUUCUCCCCACUCUGUGUGAACAUAGCGACAUAACCCCCUCUAGCCACUGUUUGGCUAUAGAUGUCUUCCUCUCCACUAACCACUUCACUGUUCUCACGGUUGACAAUUCUGAAAAUAAGUUGCGGCUGGUGGUGUGUGUAUGUAUAUUUAUAUUAUAUAUUUUUUAUAUAUAUACACACACACAAAUUAUGGAUUGGAAGACACAACUGAAUUUACCAGCUAGCAUGUAACGUGCAAAGCAUUGAUCUCCCAUCCAUUGUGCUUGUCCUUUCAUAGGUUCAUAUAGAGAUCCAUGGUCCACCACCUGAGACUGACACUAUGGGUGGUGGACGCUUCUUGCCUUACAUACCGGCAGCACAUGAGGUUUCAAGCCAUAUGCCGGCAGUGAGAACAGUGGAGAACCAAACUGUUCAUAUGCUGGAGCGUGAUUGUAUCUGCUAUUUUCUCCUCUCCCCCCACAAUAGACAAAACCCCUGUUCUGUAAACUGCCACAGUGGGGCUAGUGGAAGAAGGUAGCCGUGAUUAUAGCAGAGGAACUGGAUGGAGCACUUGUUUUACAGCACACAAGUUACCAAAGGUCUUACUGUAUAUAUUAACACUUCAGACUUCUCAGCAGACAACAGCAGUAUCUGCUGCCAAUCUCUCGGAAACCCCUUACCUGCUGGAGGUGUCAAACUCGAUGAGCCCCUCUCCAGCCAAUUAGGGAUUGUCUCUUCAUCCUCCGCCCUCUGCUCCACUGUAUAGCAUCCAUACGGUUCUUCCACUAAUCUCAGUAGGAACCCCACAACUAUAGUUCGAGUGCUGUUAAGCUCUAGUAAAGCACUUAGCACUUCAUGAUCAGUCUGCUUAAGUAAUACCCAUUGAUUUAGAAUGUCCGUGAUUGCUGCAUAGAUGCCACUUUUUUAAUCUCUCGAUAUGUUCUUUUAAACACCCCUAUGGUGGGAUAUAGUGGAUUGUUUACUGUAUCAUCCUAACCUCCUGGACCCCAUACUCACACUGGGCUUGAUUGAUCUCAAUUUUUUUUUUCCCCUCCCACUAACAUUCCUGGCCCCCUACCCCAGAGAUGUGGCUUCCCUUACUCAGGGUCCCGGAGGUGUCUUCUGUGUUAGAUUUGUAUAUCUAUAUGUGUGUUUAUGCAUAUAGAUAUAUCUCUAUAUAUAAACUUUUUAUUUUUGGCUUUUGGUACUUGCACAUUUACUGGUUACCUCAUUUCCCAUGUAUGUAUUUGAAAAAAAAAAAUGCUAAUAUAUAGAAAUGGUUCUUGAAGCUAUCAAAGUGUGUUUCUUUUCCUCCGUUCCAUUGGAAUAAUAUUGGUUUGUAGCAUUUAACAUUACCUAGUAAUAUUGUAUUAUAUAUAUAUGUGUAUACUGAUUGAAAUUUUUAACAGAUUUGUACUUUUCUUAAAAUGAAAGUUGCUAGUUUUGCUUGACCUGGUAGUGCAAUCAUUUAUUUUUUUUAAUGUUGUGGCUGAAUUGAGAGGGUUCACUAAUAAAUGUACAAGGACAAUAAUGGAGUC